ACAUUGGUGCAUGAUUAAAAGUCAAAUAAAUUAUCGUUACAUUGUUAUCAAACAAUUUGUUUUAAUUAAUUAAUUGUGAAUAUUAUAAACAAUCGAAAUUAUUAAGAUGAAUAACACAAAACGGACUAUAUAUGUUGGUGGUUUAGCAGAGGAAGUUGAUGAAAAAAUUCUUCAUGCUGCAUUUAUUCCAUUUGGAGAAGUAAUUGAUGUUCAGAUCCCUCUUGAUUAUGAAUCGGAAAAGCAUCGAGGGUUUGCCUUUAUCGAGUUUGAGUUGGCUGAGGAUGCAUUGGCUGCUAUUGAUAAUAUGAAUGAUUCUGAGUUGUUUGGACGAACGAUAAGAGUAAAUAUAGCAAAGCCUCAGAGGAUUAAGGAAGGAUCAUCAAAACCUGUAUGGGCUGAUGAUGCCUGGUUACAAGAGCAUGCUGGAGAAACUUUAAAUAAGGAAGAUGGCAAGUCUGAUAUACCAGUGGUCGUAAAAGAAAAACGAAAUCCACAAGUUUAUUUUGAUAUUACGGUUGGUAAACACGAAUUAGGACGCAUUAUUAUGAUGCUACGUGCUGAUAUCGUUCCUAAAACAGCAGAAAAUUUUCGAUGCCUGUGUACACAUGAGAAAGGUUAUGGAUAUAAAGGAAGCAUAUUUCAUCGAAUUAUUCCAGAUUUUAUGUGUCAAGGAGGAGACUUCACUAAUCAUAAUGGAACUGGAGGUAAAUCGAUCUAUGGUAAUAAAUUCGAUGACGAGAAUUUUGAGCUAAAACACACUGGACCCGGUAUACUAUCGAUGGCUAAUUCUGGACCAAACACAAAUGGCUCACAAUUCUUUUUGUGUACUGCACGAACUGAUUGGUUAGACAAUAAACAUGUAGUGUUUGGUCAUGUUUUAAGUGGUCUAGAUAUACUGAAGAAAAUGGAAAAAUUUGGAAGCAAAAGUGGACAAACUUCUCAAAAAGUUGUAAUAAGUUCCUGUGGCGAAUUAACAUAAUUUUGUAUAUUUUUUAUAAAUAGAUAAAGUAUUUAUUCCAUUUUAA